AUGUUACUUAUGCUUUAUGUAAUUUACACUGUUGUCUCAUGGGGUACCAGAGAAACAGUUGAAGUUGUUAAUAAGAAAAACCCAACUAAACCAAAUAAAAAAGAAAUAAGUAAACCAGAUUCAGAAAAACGCCGAACAAAUGUUCUUAAUAAUUUGUUUUGGGCUGAUGGACAACAACGUAGUUUUCUUCAUCAAAUCAUUGACGUUAUUAAACAUGUUUUUCGACCAGCAGCUAAAUGA